AACAUAGUUUUAAAAAUAAAAGAACACAACCUUUCCUCCUCCUUGUAACAUGCCUGCUUCUUGAUUGAUUGAAGCCAUUACAUACGCUUAAAAACACCCAUCUCUCCGCACUCCCUUUUGAGCGAGCGAGCGCAAUGAGUGAAAUCUCAGGAGGAAGCAGAUCCGUACCUCUAUUAUUCUUCCUUUCACUUUCUCUUCUUUUCAUUUCAGGUAUCUCAGAUGACUCAUCCGGUGCAAAAAAUGGGACGAAGGCUGAUCCGCAUGCUGCAUCCAAAAACAAUGAUGGGCCCGAGAUUGCCAUUGUGUUUGUUUUCGUUGUGGCAAUAGGGUUCUUUGCAUUUUUCCUUUUCAAGUUUUGGCAAAAGAAGAAAAGGGAAGAGCAGUAUGCCCGUCUUUUGAAGUUGUUCGAAGAGGAUGAUGAGCUUGAAGUUGAACUUGGCCUUCGAGAUUGACAAUUUUAAUUCUUGCAACUUGAGUUUAUUGUAGGUAAGGCUUAAAAGAGAUUUGUUUGGAGGAAAACUUGCUCCUCCGUCAGCCAAGAUUGGGCUGUAGUGAUCCCUGUGCAGAGGUUAGAUGUUUUUUUUCAAUUGAAUACUGUAUUACUUUUCAUGUCAUGUUCAAAUGAAAACUUUUCAUGAAUUUGAAUUCUUUGAUUACUAAGAGAAGUGAAAUUCUACUGUGUAAGUUCUACGAGUCUUAUUCCCAGUUUGUAAAAGAUGAGUUCUUUAUUCUGGUGCACAUCGAAGUGUGUAGAAUUAAACCAUUUUUAUGUGAAGCAUCUUGAAUAUUUAUAUAUAUUCCAUAUUAGCAGAAAGGAUGAGUUGAUG